AUGUGUGUUUUGGGAAAAUCAGAAAUAUGCCGAGGAAGAGUAGGAAAGUUGUCAUAUAAUGAAUUUAGUUUUAAUGGUAAUGCAAUACAAAUUGUACCAAGAUACUGUUAUUUAGGUAUUAUGAUGAAAUGUAAUAGGAAGUUUAAUUUAGCAACAGCUGUGCUUAUUGAAAAGGCCAGAAAAGCAUGUUUUAAAAUGAAAAGAAUUAUUGGAUUUGAUAACCCAUGUAAACUUUUAGAAAAACUCUUUGAUGCUAUUGUACUUCCAGUUCUUCUCUAUUGUAGUGAAAUAUGGGGAGUGGAUCUCUCAUCCAAAGAUAUUUCAAAUGUUGAAAAUUUUCACUUAAAAUUCAUUAAAGACAUCCUUGGAGUGCACUGCAAAACAUCCAAUGCUGGUUGUUUAGCAGAACUUAAAAGACUACCACUUUGGUCCAAAAUUUCCCUCUCAAGUAUCAAAUAUUGGAAUCACCUGAAAACUUCUGAUUCUUUGGCCUUUAAACUUUACCAAUCCACAAUUAACUGUAAUUCUUGGACUAAGAAAUUAUUUUCUAUUCUUGAUAAUCUUGGAUUCUCUAACAUUACAAAAUAUACAGGUUCCAUCCAACACCUUUUACCAAACAUUAAACAAAGAAUCAUAGAUCAGUGCACUCAAGAGCAAACAUCAAAAAUCUUUGGUUCAGAAAAACUUGAUCUCUUCAAGAAAGUAUACUCAGGAAAAAGAAGUCCUUAUGUUGAUUUACUCAAAAAAAGAUCUGAGAGAUCCUCUCUUAGUAAAAUUAGACUAAGCGCACAUAAACUUGCAAUAGAAAGUGGUAGAUAUAUUUCCACAUCAAGAAAUGAAAGAUAUUGUAAUGUUUGUAAUACUGGUGUGAUUGAGGAUGAAAUACAUUUUCUUUUUCACUGUAAUUCUUACUCUAAGCUAAGAAAUGCAUUCUUUAGUAAUAUUUAUAACAUAACAAAGAAAAAUAUUAAUCUUAGCAAUGAGAAAUAUAUGCUACAAUUAUGUAUAAACAGUAAUAUACAAAAACUCUUGAAAGUUACUGUUAAAUUUAUCAGAGACUGUUUUGAUCUUAGAAGUCAAUUACUUGACAAUUCUUGAAAAAAUAUGUAAACAUUAUUUAAUGUUGUUCAGUGGGCCUUUGCCAAUUAUUGUAAUUGUGUUUGUGCCAAUAAAGUAUUUGUAUUUGUA